AUGGUCAAAGCCAAUAGGACUGUCAUCCCGUUGACCGAGUCAAGCACGGGUUUGCUUGAGGAGAAAAAGAGCGCAAUUGUUUUGUGGAAAAUCAAAACAAUGGCCAUCAUAACCAAACCUAUUGCUGUUGACGUCACCACUGAUACUAUGGUUGCGAAUCUCGCCGCCUUUCCAUUUCCGGCACCAAGCUCAUUAGCCACCCUUACACUACACAAACACACAUAUUAUAUGCAUCAACUUUCAAUUUUUAGGGACUGUGAUGCCAUUGCUAACAACUCUGCUUUUGGUACGACAUAUAAAUGUGAAUUUGCUAUUGCAAUAACAGUAUCGGGAAAAUACCAGAGCAUGACCCCAGAGGAAGCGGAUAAUUUCAAAAAAUCCCAUAGACCCGAAAAUGCCUCCACAGAGACUCCGUUCCAAGUCUCCGGGCAUCCACCGCACGUGGGUAGCGGUGGCCCCCACAGCCCCCAAACCCCACACUCUAACAAACAACCAGUUGACUGCCACGUGUACCACAAGCCCCGCCAGCGCCGACCACAAGUACACCGCAUUCUUCAGCUGACACUGAAGAAACCUCUGCAGUGGGAAUAUAAAAGCGAAGGCAAAGUGGAGUGGGAUCAGCCAAAACGCCAGCUGUCCCGCCAGCUCAGCCACUUCCCUGGGCUGGCCCAGCAGCAGAAGAAGUGGGCCCGCAAACACGUAGAGCGGGAGAAGGAUUAUACAAACCCCAAUUAG